UUUCACAAUGUACAACCAUGUACAAGUUUGUUAAUCGGAACGAUGAUAGCACAGUGUACAGCGCCGUAGCCGAAGUGCUGACGAAACGUAAUUCUGAAUGGCUCUGUGUUCAGAAAGACAGUGCCCGUUUUCAUUUGAUGCUCGGCGAAAUCAACAAGUUACCUUUUGCAAGGCUUGGGCAUGGACAAGGCAUGAAUCCACUUGUCAAUUAUUACCGCGGUUCUGGAAGACUGUGUCGAAAGACAGCACUUGUCAAAACACUGCAAGAAUACUGUUCAAACUGCAAUAAAGACCCAUUUCAGAUUAUUCCACCAACGUAUUAUCUCUACCCUAAGAUAGCUGAUGUACCGAUGGAGUCUGGCAAUAGCCUAAAAGCAGUUAAGAUGCGAAGUAUGCAAAACAAGACAGAUGAAAGAGAAGCGUUUAUGAAAUGCUAUCACAAAAUGAAAGAGAAUAAACAAGGAGAUGUAUGGAUCGCUAAAUCUACGUCUGGUGCUAAAGGUGAAGGAAUAUUAAUAUCAGAUAAUCCACAACAAUUGAUUGAUUAUAUCGAUGAACAGAAACAGAGCCAUGUCAUUCAGAAAUAUCUAGAAAAACCUCUACUCCUCAAUGGUGAUAGAAAGUUUGAUAUUAGAUGUUGGGUUUUAUUAGACCAUCAAUACAAUAUUUACCUAUACAAGGAAGGUGUAUUGAGAACAGCGUCUGAUCCGUAUAAACCACAAGACUAUAGCGACACUACUGGACAUCUUACAAAUCAUUGUUUACAGGAAGCACUGUCACCUAAUUUUGGCAAAUAUGAAAUAGGCAAUGAAAUGUUUUUUGAUGAAUUUAACAGUUAUUUACAGGACAGAUACCAAACUGAAAUGGAAGAGAGUUUAAUACCUCAGAUAAAAGAAAUAAUCAAAGAAAGUUUAUACUCCGUCCAAGUACAUAUCAGUACUGAAGGGCUCUCCUAUCACAGCUUUCAACUAUUUGGUUUUGAUUUCAUGGUCGAUAGUGAUUUCAAAGUUUGGUUAAUUGAGGUGAAUGGAUCGCCAGCAUCUGCCGAAAAAUUGUUACCAGGUCUUUCAUCUGCUAUUGUUACAGUCGCUAUAGAUCCUGUUUUUCCUCCACAAAAUGAAUCUGAAGACAAGGAACAGACGCUAUUCCAGAAGUUGAACUGAUGUCAAAAUCACGUUUACUUCCGUCCUGUACACCAAUAUUUUUUUUUUUUUUAUAAUUAAACUGUUUUGGUAACUGGUUUACCAAUUUGGGUUUUAUAUCUAGUCUGAAGUGGAUCCUUUGGUCGUACAGUCCACUAUCUCAGUUGCAUCUGUUCAGCGUUUUACUGUGGACCAGUAAAUUAAAAUCAACAAAAAAUAA